CAGCAACAGCAGCAGCAACAGCAGCAGCAACAGCAGCAGCAACAGCAGCAGCAACAGCAGCAGCAACAGCAGCAGCAACAGCAGCAGCAACAGCAGCAGCAACAGAAGCAGCAACAGCAGCAGCAACAGCAGCAGCAACAAGCAGCAGCAACAGAAGCAGCAACAGCAGCAGCAACAGCAGCAGCAACAGCAGCAGCAACAGCAGCAGCAACAGCAGCAGCAACAGCAGCAGCAAUAGCAGCAGCAGAAGGGCAAGAGCGAUAUGCAGAAAUAAUACCAACAGCAGCACGACCUAAUAACAGCAAUAAUAAUAAUAAUAGUAGUAAUGGUAAUAAUAAUUAUAGUAAGACUGAUAAUACUAACAGUAAUAAUGAAAGUAAUAAGACUAGGAAUAUUAAUAGGCGUGAUAAUAAUAAUAAUAAUAAUAAUAACAAUAAUAAUAAUAAUAGCAGUAGUAAUAAAAAGGUGAAACU